AUGUGCACAACAUUAUCUCACAGCAAACCCUUCGCUCAUAUGACAUGCGAACGAUGGCUUCAUGCAAGAUUGGAUAAUUUACGCACUAAAAAUGUUUUCAAUCAUCGAAUGGAAUAUGAAUAUUUGCCACAAAAAUUGGAAAAAAGCUUUAUGGAUUUUAAUGUUAAAGAGAAGAAUAUUUGUGGUGAAACUCUUAUUAUGUCAGUGAUAAGAUAUGAACUUAAUAAGGCAAAUCAGGUGCGUUAUAUAAACUUGUUGAUUCGUUCUGGAUGCGAUCCUUCUGAACCAGAUGAAAGACAAUUACGCACACCGCUCAUGUUAGCUUGUCUAAUGAGAAACGAUACCGUUGCACACCAUUUGAUUUUGCAAAAUGUGGAUCUUAUGGCAGUUGAUAAAAUGGGUAAUACAGUAUUAAUGUAUGCGGCAAUGUACUCCCAGUCAUCUUUGUUAACAUUUCUGGUAGAGGAACUGUCCAGGCGAUGGUGUAUUGAAGCAUUUCGUAUCAAAAAUUUAAUGGGUUACACUGCAGAGAGUUUAGCUCGGAAAAAUGAACGAUACAUGUUUUCUAUGAUAUUGAAGAAAGGACGUUUAUGUUUGGUAAAACGAUUAAGCGAUCAAGUUUCCUCGAAUUUGAUGUUUGCACCAUCAUUUAAUAAUUGGAAUACAUACAGUAGCAUUUAUAAGGCUAGGCAGAAGUUUUUGUUGUAUGCACAGGGGUGUAUGCAAACUUUGCAGCACGAAACUUCACCACCACCAGUCAGAAAUUCAAAAUCAUCAUUACCAUUGUUACAUGGUAUAAACAGCAGGCUUUUCUUGAAAAAUUGCCAAUCUAAAACCAAUCCAGCACCAUACAAGGUAGUGGAAAUGAAUAUCAACUUACCACCCUUAUCAUAA